UUUGUUCAUUCAAUACUCACACACCGACUCAUCAAUGGAAAGGUAGAAACCCAAGAACAAAAAGACCAGAACAGAACCCACGAAGAUUCAAGAACAAAAAAUGGUUCCCACUUUUCUCUAAUUCCCUUUAGCCCCGCCAACGCCAACCCCAACCCCAACCCCAACCCACCCAAAUUUGCAUUACUUCUUUUGCAACUCUCUCAUCUUAUGAUUUUAGUUUCCUUUUUCUGUAUCCAUGGAAUUUUCUGCUCCACAAAGAAGGCUCCUCAAAGUUAUCUUCCUCGGUGACAGUGGGGUGGGAAAGACUUCUUUGAUGAACCGAUAUGUAUAUAAGAAGUUCAAUCAACAGUAUAAAGCAACUAUUGGUGCUGACUUUAUGACGAAGGAGCUACAGAUUGAUGACCAACUUGUCACGUUGCAAGUUUGGGACACAGCAGGGCAGGAAAGGUUUCAGAGUUUAGGGGCUGCAUUUUACAGAGGAGCAGACUGCUGUGUUUUUGUCUAUGACGUGAAUGUAGUUAAAUCGUUUGAAUCACUAAGCAGUUGGCACGAAGAGUUUCUUAAGCAGGCCGGGCCAGCCAAUCCAAAAGUAUUCCCCUUUUUGUUGCUUGGGAACAAGAUCGACGUAGACAAUGGAUGCAGCCGAGCAGUCUCAGAAAAAAAGGCAAGCGAAUGGUGUGCUACUAGUGGAAACAUGCCAUACUUCGAGACCUCAGCAAAAGAGGAUUAUAAUGUCAAUGAAGCAUUUUUAUGCAUUGCUAAAGCCGCAUUAACCAAUGAAGAAGAGCAGGACAAUUACUUCGAAAGUAUCUCUGACUCUGUUUCAGAAGUGGAGACAAGGGGAGGAGGCUGUGCUUGUUAAUAAUUUCUUCAUCUACAAAUGAACAACCUUAACUGAACUUUCUGAUUGAUUUGAGGAUUUUUCUGAUAUAAUAAAUAUGUUAGGUAUUCUUUGAGGUGUGUUUAUUCCCAUCUUAUGUAAAUUAUUAUUUAUCCUGAAAAAAAAAAUUCAGGUGUUUUUUCUUUUUGCCUUCUCUUUGUGAACUUCUGAAAACAGUUUAUUCAAGUGUGUAAAGAACCAAUAAAAUGCAUUGGUUUGGAAGCCCUGAUCGGCCUUGAGUUUA